CAGUCAAGUGGAUCAUUUAUUAAAACGGGAAUAAUUUUUCGUUACACCGCAAUAUAAUAUCGGUGUAUUUUCAACACUGCUUCGAAUGGAUGGUUUUACGGAAGAUGAGAAACUCCAAAGGGGUUUGGCCUUCCAGAACCUUCAACCCCUCUGUGUAGGCUUGGUGAAGGAACCAACUGUCCAAAAGCUGGAAUUAUUAAAGAACCAACUGAAGGCUGUUGACAGAGAGAUUCUAGGAGAACUUUAUGAAUAUGUAUUGUUUCCUCUUCGUUUGAUCUUGAAGCAGAACGCUUGCAAAAAAGACACGUUUCUAACCCUCCUUGCCCAAUGUACUGCUGAUGUAUUGUCUGCUGCCACUAUUGAAAAGUGGGACACAUUCAAAGACCUGUUCGUCACAUACACUGUGCUACUAGGGUCCCCAGAAGAAUCUAAUAAUAAAAUCAGUACUUUAAGUGAAGAACUAAAGUUGGCCAUUGUUGAUGUCCUGUCUAUCUUAUUGAAGAAUUCAAAUUAUGACAAUGUCCUCACUCAUCUCUACAUUGUGAAGAACAUCACACUUCUGGGACACACAGUCUCAUCAUUGCUGUCUCUCAUUGAACAUGAGAAGAUGCGUAAACUACGGGUGUCAGCUAUGGAUUGCCUUGCUGCCUUGAGUUUAUAUGAUAAUGGUAACACAAAAAUCCGUGUGAAGUGUGGAAACAUGUUUUCCUCCUUCUUACCUAGGAUCUCAAUUGUUUUAAGUUCAGUUAUCACUGGGGACCACAUCCAGGGCCACCAAGUAAUUAAAACAGCUAUUGACACCUUAAGGAAGAUUGUGCUGCUAAUAAUGACAGACAAGUUAAUUGAGGAGAGUCAGAAAGACAUACAUCAUCUAAACACUGAUGUUGAGAAUGAAAAACUUCGUAAUCUAAUUGUCAACAGAGAUCAAAAAUGGAUUGAAAAGACAGCUGAGAAACUCCUCAUAAUAGUUAAGCAAGUUGGGAGUAUUCGACAGCACUAUCAUUCAGGAGUACGACUCAGUUUAGUGGAGUGGGCUCACGCCAUACUCAACAACUGUACAAGGAGUAUGUCCAACAGUAUCCCUGUCCUAUUGGAAGUUCUAGUGAUACUCUCCUGUGACAAAUAUUCUAAUGUCGCAUCAAGAGGAGAGAAGGCAUUGAAAAUAUUUCAACAGAGACAAGAGAAGGAACAAUCACGCACCUUAGUGGAGAUUCUAGAAGAAAACUUACUGGGUCUGGUUACAACCCUUCCAAGACAAAUAAGAUCAUCAGAUGAUGCCCAAAAAUUAGAUUUGAUCAAGAUUUUGUCUGGAUAUCUGAAAAUUUUAGGUAAAAACAUCAACAACAUGUUGAACAGCUAUCCACAUCUAAAGAGGUUUUCUCUGGCACUUGUCCAAGUUUUAGAAUUUGACUGUUCCAACAUCAAGAUUGUAGAAGAAACAAGUCAUAUGUUAGGAGAAGGUGCCAGUGCUAUAGACUCUCGUAUGAUAACCAGUGUUCAACAACCCCGCAAGACCUACAAACAUUUCCACAGUGAUUUGAUCCUGGAAGAGCUAAAGUUAGUAUUGCGGUACCUUGGUAUGUAUGGAGAUCUGAACCUUUUAAUUGAUCAUUUCUUGGACAUGUUUCAUGAGACGUCUUUGCAUAGACUGCAGGCAACAUACAUCAUCAACCAAAUACUUGAUGGAACUCUCCACACGACUCAAGCCAAUACUGACAGACCAAGUGGAACCAUCCAUGACAAAGAAACACUACAAAGCAUUGUAAGUUUGCUGAUUGAUGAGUACCUGGCCCCUCAAAACUUCAACUUGGUUACCUCCCACCUCCACCAAGAAGACGAUCCUGUUGAGGGCCAGUUCUCUCUCUUGCUCUACAACAAGGUGAAACAACCAACAAUCUAUGACUACAAUGCUAACAUACUUCAGAUAUGUCUCUUUCUCGAAGGGUUUGCUGUGUUUGCUAAAGUCCUUAAUAAAGACUUCACACCAUUUUUAUUGAAAACACUCUACCCACUUUUGGAGAAACUGGGUGAUCGGUCAGCCUACCUGAGCAGCACAGCGUACCUGUCCCUUACAGAUAUAUGUACUUAUUGUGAAUACAGAAACAUCAUGGAUUUGAUCCAACAAAAUGCUGAUUAUCUUGUCAAUGCAAUUACUUUACGUCUGCGCCAUCUCUCUCUCAACGCAAGGUCUCCACUUGUCUUAAAGGUCAUGCUUCAGUUUGGUAAUGAGGAACUCCUGCCUUUGGUGACAGAUACUAUUACUGAGGUGUUGGAAUGUUUAGACGACUAUCAAACUACUCACGUAACCACUUUCCUACAAGUCCUCCAUGAACUCUGCUCAGCAAUCAGACGCUGGUUCCUACAGAGCAAGUCUACACACUCAUUGGUGGAGACAAACAACAAACAGGAACCUGAAGUCACUGCCAACUCAACCCAGGGCGUACAGUGGCUAGUGGACUACCUGACUCAGUAUGACAGAGACAAAAAAAUGUCUGCUGGAGAUGUUGAUGAAUCAGAGAUGAAGGCUGAAGAUGACAAUCCAGCAUCAGAAAACAAUAUGGAAACAGAAGACAGCUCAGAGACCAUUGAUGAGAAACCUGUAUCACCUUUACAUGUCACUAUUGUGAAAGACGUCCUCACCCGGGUAAAACAUCUCAUGUCAUCCACAGAUGUCCAUAUUCAGCUUCUGGCUUUGGACACGGUAUGUGCAGCAGUUCAGUCACUCCAACCAUAUGAAGAUGAACUUUUACCUCAAGUACACCAGCUGUGGUCUCCAUUAUCUCAGAGAUUUUCUGAUAAGAAAAUACUUGUUAGAACGAAGGCCCUUCACACCUUAAUGGAUAUCUCACAGGUGUGUGGUUCAUUCAUCAGGAAACGCACAGUUGCAGAGGUUUAUCCCAUACUCUGCCGCUACCUAAGUCACCAGGCUCCACUCAGUAACAACUGCUCCGUAGCUUACACCUUUACCCAAGAGUACAAGCUCCAAUUACUUAUGUUGGAAUACUUUGGCAAACUCUGUCAAAAUCUAGGAGUCAGUAGUAAAGAGAUUGACUCUGUAGCAUCUUCCUGUCUAUUCUACCUCAGUGAAUAUCAACAUGAGACUCUACAAAAGGCUGCCCUCACAACAUUUGGGAGAUUGGUUGAGAUUGAUCCGGAUGUAAUGUGGUUUAAACUAUCCUCUGUGUGGUGCCCCACGGUUUACACACCAAAAUCACCCCUCUUGGAAAAUAUUCAGUUCAAGACCAAAAACGAGAACGAAUAUUCAAAAAACAUUGAACUUCUAUUUGAAAAUCCUUUGCUAUCCUGACAGUGGAACAGUCCAAAAUAAAAUCUGAUGUAUUUUUAAUUCACUGAGGGCUGUGAUUAUGGAAACCAAAGGACACAAACUUCUGUUUGACAUUUGAUUACUAUAGCUAAAUGUGGAUGUGCUUUGAUUUCUUGGCCUUAUCAAGUGAAGGAGAAAGCUUUGAUGACAGUGCAUACAUAAAACAAUGAGAGAUCUCCUUGUGGAGGGUAAAAAAAAUGUAAGAGCUUGAGAUAUACUAUCGUUUAGCCUUGGAAUCAUACAGUUAAUUAUACAAGUAUACUUUGAUUUCUUGUGUGCUUGAGAAUGCAUCACUUUUGGGCCCUUUGGCUACUUAAGUUCAUCAAAUUACUACUUCAUUCUCAAGAUAUUUUCAAACCUGAAAAUAUGAGAUGAAACGGGUUGUGAAAUAACUAGAAUAUUGCAGCUGUCUUUCUCAAAGACUGGGUUUGAACCAGUAAGAUUGAAGACAAUAUUCAGUUUGAGCUGGUGGUGUUAUUGUUUUGUAUUGUGCAGGUGUGGCAAGAAGUUCACUUCCCAACCACAGAGUUCCUGGUUUAGUCCCACUGCAUUGCACCAUAAGCAAGUGUCUUCUACUAUAGCCCUAGGCUAACCAAAGCCUUGUGAGUGGAUUUAGUUGGUGGAAACUGAAAAAAGCCCAUCAUAUAUAUAUGUGUAUUUGUCCCAUUGACAAACAGAUUUGCUGAGUACCAGGCUUAAAAGAAAAUAAGCACUGGGGUCGAUUCAUUCGACUAAAACCCUUUAAGCCGGUGCUCCAACAUGACCAUAGUCUGUUUCUCAGACAUAAAGUGCAGUGACAAGUGAGUCAACAUUUCAAGAGUAAAUGUACUUUAUAUGGUCUGGAACUACACUGCUGUAUGUUUUACAGAUAGUUGGAGUACAGCAGUCAGGAUAUAUGGGGUGCAGUGUUGAAAAAAUGUAUUUAUUCAGAGGAGGAAAGAUGUCUGACUCUGUAGAAGGUUGUCAAAAGAGAAUGGUUUGAAAUUUUGCAGUACUGUAUAUAGUAUACCUCUUUCUCUUAUUUCUCCCUCUAUCUUUUCUCUUAUGUCUUCCAAUCUCUCCCUCUCAUAUGAUAGAUUAGUUCAUCUAUCUACAAUGGCUAAAUAAGCCUCACUGAUCAUCUUGUGGUUUUACACUUAUAAAGCAAUCAAUUCCCAAUCCACACAGAUUUAGCUGAAAUUCCAAGAAUACCACCCCCAUCUCAGGUACAAAAACCCACUUCCAAUACACACAAGAAUGACUCAUUUGUACAGCUUGCAGUAAUAAUAUUGAUGGACAUGUCAUGUAUGUACCAUAUCCUACUAAAUAUGAUCAGGAUUACCAACAGUGUCAGCAGCAAUAUUAUCAAGUCUUUCACUGGGAUAGUUUCAUCUCAUAAUAAACACCUAUGAUCUACAUGUGGCUACAAAACACUAACAUGGUAAGAUGUUACCAAUUAAUUUGGUAUGGCUAGAGUGAAUGGAUGGUGAAGAGAUUAACACUGGAUAUUAAAUAAAUAUGGAAUUUAUACAAUAAA